UGUUGUAGUGUGCAAAGCCAGCCUCGGAAGAAUCCAAUAACACUGACAGGGUUUUUUCUUGUCUAUAGAUGGACAGCAUCGUGGCAUUUUACACCAUAUCCACUACAUUUACGAUGAGACAUAUCCUUUGAAUAAUAACACGGCUGAAUCGAAAAAGUACGCAGUGAGUUUUCUCGCGGAGAUGCGUGAAGCUAACCGUGGAAUCAUCCGUUGACUGUUGACAAGUUGAACUGCUGCUGUCCCUACACAACUCACUCACAGAGAGGAAACAGCUUUUUGCAGUUCAUCGCAUUGUGAUGUUGCUUCAGUCAGAUGGAUGAGAGCUGACAGAGCUGAGCUUGAGUCUGCAAAAAGGGCUCUCCUACAGAGAAGAUAGGAGGAACCUCAAGCUGCUGUAUCAGGCAGAGGUUCUUGGGAGGAGAGCUGUAGUUCCUGUCAGCCCUCUCUAACAGCCUUAACCACCACGUCCACACGCACACCGACUGCCUGGCCGACAUCAAAGCCAGCUCUCGCUCUCUCUUUACUCGCCGCUGGGCACAUCUCCUCCCGUCUGUCCUUAUAGGGGGAUGUCUCUCCUCUAACUGCCUCUCUCUCAACUAACUGCUAGCAUAUAAUUUUGGGCGCUGCUAUGGAAGAAUAUGACGUGCCGUCAGCCGCCAGUAUCCUGGCAUCAGUCAAAGAGCAGGAGGCACGCUUCGAGCGUCUGACCAGGGCCCUUGAAGAGGAACGCCGCAAUGUUUCCUUGCAGCUGGAACGCGGAAGUCUGCCCUCUGAUCGACUGGUGGGCGGCACCACAGGCGGGAGCAACCAACCGCUGGCCUGGCAACAGAUGGUCAUGCAGGAGCAGAGCCCCAGUAACCAGACAUCCAUGAUGCAGGAGCCCCAGGAGGUCGUGGAGGAGACUGUAACUAUAGAGGAAGACCCCGGCACACCCACCUCUCGUGUUUCUGUGGUUACCUCAGAGGAUGGAACUACACGCCGCACAGAGACAAAGGACAAUGUGACUAAUAUGAAGGUCACUAAGAUGGUCAAGACAGUGACAACACGGACAGUUCGGCAGGUACCAAUGGGUCCCGACGGUCUUCCUCUUCCAGAGGGCUCAUCUCCACUGGGGAGCUACACCGACUCCAUUGAUCGGCGCUACAUGAAGAACGGCGAGCGCUUCAUCACACCCCAGGCCACUUCCACCCUCACACGCUCUUACAACAAUUACAGCGACUCCUACAAUGACACUCCAGACAGUCAGUAUCGCCAUUAUGGCCUUCACGAUGGAUAUGGAGACAUGCCCGAGAACUACGGAAGUCUCUCACGUGGAGUCAACUACAGGCCCUAUAGGCCGUACAUGCCCACCGUUGGAUACCGGCCGGAGAAUAGCUACACUCUCCCCAUCCGCAAGGAAGACUAUGGCCAUGUGGCCCAGCCUCAAGUCCCUAUGGGAAGUAGCACCGUGGAUCUUAAUCGUUCUCAGCCUGAGCGCUUCCAACCUGAACCUUAUGGGCUGGAAGACGACCGCCGCAGUCUCGGCCCAGAUGACGAAGAGCCGUACGACCUAGAGCCUGAUUAUUCUACGGCUAACCGCCGCACGCUGCCCGGACGUACCAUUCGAGAGCCGCUACGCAAUGGCCCCCGUGUGAGAGGCUACGAUGACCCCAUUGAGGCUGAAUUAAUCGACGAAAGACACCCCUACAUCCAUGGCAUGUAUCCGGCACCUCUUGCCCAACCCGAGAGGGGCAGCAUGGCCAGUCUUGACCGCAUGGGGGGCCGUCGCUCCCCUUCGAUUGACAGCAUCCGCAAAGAUCCACGCUGGAGGGACCCCGACUUGCCUGAGGUCAUCGCCAUGCUAGGUCACCCCAUCGAUCCGGUCAAGUCCAACGCCGCCGCCUACCUGCAGCAUCUCUGCUAUGAGAACGACAAAAUAAAGAAGGAUGUCAGGCAGCUGAAGGGGAUCCCAGUGCUGGUGAGCUUGCUGGACCACCCUAAAGCUGAAGUUCACCGCAAGGCCUGUGGAGCUCUGAGAAACAUCUCCUAUGGCAAGGACCACGAUAACAAGGUAGCCAUCAAGAGCUGUGAUGGGAUUCCUGCUCUCAUCCGCCUGCUGAGGAAAACCAAUGACAUGGAAGUUCGGGAACUCAUCACAGGAACACUUUGGAACUUGUCCUCCUAUGAGCCACUGAAGAUGGUGAUAAUUAACCACGGGCUUCAGACGAUGACUAAUGAGGUCAUUAUCCCUCAUUCGGGAUGGGAACACGAGCCGAACGAAGACUCAAAGCCACGAGAUGCAGAGUGGACCACCGUCUUCAAGAACACAUCUGGAUGUCUUAGGAAUGUGAGCUCAGACGGUGCAGAGGCGCGCAGACGUUUGAGAGAGUGUGAGGGGCUGGUAGAUGCCUUGCUGCAUGCUCUACUGUCUGCUGUGGGAAAGAAGGACAUGGACAACAAGUCUGUGGAGAAUUGUGUUUGCAUCAUGAGGAACCUGUCUUACCACGUGCACAAGGAGAUUCCAGGGGCUGAGAAGUUCCAGGACCCCUCGGUUCUUCAGGGCCCCGGCUCUGCUGGCACUCAGAGGAAGAAGAAAGAUGACGCAGGCUGCUUCGGAGGAAAGAAGGCCAAAGAGGAAUGGUUUAAUCAAGGGAGGAAAAACGGAGAGCAUGACAAAAACUAUGACACAUUGGACCUACCCAAGCGCACAGAACCCACUAAAGGUUUUGAGUUACUGUAUCAGCCGGAGGUGGUCCGACUCUACCUGUCUCUGCUGACAGAAAGCCAGAACUAUAACACGCUAGAAGCAGCAGCCGGGGCUCUACAGAACCUCAGCGCUGGACAGUGGACAUGGUCAAACUAUAUCCGGGCGACAGUGCGCAAGGAGAAGGGGCUGCCAAUCCUCGUGGAGCUCUUGCGCUCAGACUCAGACAAGGUGGUGCGAGCUGUGGCCAUCGCUCUGAGGAACCUGUCCAUUGACCACCGCAACAAAGACCUGAUAGGGAGUUACGCCAUGAGGGACUUGGUCAGCAACCUGCCCAGCGGACAGCAGCGGCCAGCCAAGAACCUGGAGGAGGACACAGUGGUGGCCAUCCUCAACACCAUCCAUGAAAUCAUCACUGACAGCUCUGAGAACGCCCGCUCUCUCAUCACGGCUCAAGCAAUCGACAAACUUGUGGCCAUCAACAGGACCAGCCAGUCAUCAAGGGAGACCAAAGCUGCUUCCCAUGUACUACAGACGGUUUGGAGCUAUAAGGAGCUGAGAAAUGGCCUGACCAAGGAUGGCUGGAAUAAAACGCACUUCCAGCCGACAGCGACUGGCACCCCCAAAGGAUCCAAGAGCUGCAAGCCUGGCUACGACGACACUACACUCCCCUUGAUGGAGAAGAAUCAAGAAUGCUUGAUCUUUCACCCCCACUGCUCAGCUGGGAACAGAGGGUGUAGCGGUGGGGAUAUGAUACCUAUGGACGAACUCGGUCCAGAUGGCUAUUCGACGAUUGACCAGCGAGACAAAGACUCCAAGUACAAAAGCAGCGACGGCUCGUCGGAUCUCCAGGAGCGGGAGCCGUUAAAGAAUGACACAAAUAGGAAACACUAUAUCAGGAGCAACAGGCCGACUGUCAGUCUGGUGGAUGCUUGUGAUGUUAAACCUCAGCCUGUUGACUCCUGGGUCUAAAUGCAUGCAUGGCUUAGCUCGCGACAGCGCUACACGUUACCACAAGGAUUUCACGAGUCACCACUGCCAUUAACCGCAGAGCUCACCCUGAUGUGGACUCAUCUGAAGACUUUUGCCCAAAAGAGCGCGAGAUACAAACUUUCAUUCAACAGACAGUGUUUUCAGAUUUCUCAACAAGUAAAAAAAAAAACUGUUUAAAAAAUAACAAAAUACCACUUCUCAUAUGUACAUUCCCACUGGACAUAGUGUACCCAGAACUAAGGAUUUGCUGGAAUGAUGGAUGGAUGGAUUGAGUGUACAGGAAGUGCUGUCAUGGACGUGGACGUGCAUUGGAAAGAAUUGGAUUGAGUGCAAAGAGGAAAUAAGAAAAGAAACUAUUUUUAUGUCAAAACAAAAAAUUAUAAUUUGCCUAUAUUAUUUUUGUCGUACGUUUCUGCCUGAUUACUGUUUGUUUUGUGGAUUUGUUUUCCCCAGAAGUGCAGUGAAUUGUGACUUUUUUUUCGUUCUUUUUUUUCUUUUUGUAGAGUUUUAAUGAACGUUUGGGUUAUCUAAAAUAGUUGAGGACACUUGCGAAGGAGGAAAAGGAAAGUUUGUUCUUUUUGUUGUUGUUGUCCAUUACAGCGGUGUGGGGACACAUACAAUGUCCGAGGGGGGGAGGGGGUCUAUAUUGAAAUGCACGCUUUGCGAUUUCUGUGUGCUGGCUUCAUAAAGCAACUUUAAAGACAUAUUAUCACUGUGUUUGUUUCUUCUCACUGAGAACACUGACAUCUGCUCAUAGUGAAGCUGAAGGGGAGGAGAGCUGCUACGCUUUCAGUACUGAUCCUGUAUUCCCCUUGACAUGUCCAGCUGCAGAGGCAUGCUGGGUAACACUGGCACUUACCAGCUUUUGCUUUGGUUUAUUUAAUAUGGGGUAAUGAUGGGGGGGAAAUAUAUUUGUUAAUAUGUAGAUUGUGUUAUGAGGGAUAGUAGUGGGAUUCAGUUGCUCCUCUUGUCAUCAAAGUAGAUUUUCAAAACAUUUUAUAUUUUGUUGUUUUAUAAAUGUAUAUUAGGUUGAAACGAUUAAAAGAGGGAGGUGGGAUCACAAUGUUCUUUAUAACAUUGAUAGAUGUGAAUCCAUAACAGUUUGUUCAGAGCACAUUCAGUAUUCCGUACAUAAAGCAUGGCCAUGUUUGUAUAAAAAUUCAUAAUAAUAUAAUAAAAAGAUCAUUGCUUUAGAUAAAUGUUUAUCAAAGGCUGCAGAGUCAUUCUCAUUGUCUAUUUAUAUUUUAUAUUUUUUACAUUUGUUUUGUUAAAUGGAAGAAUUUACUUUUAGUGUUCUUUUUUUCAAUUGGAAAACAUGCUCAAAAUGAUCUGAUUGGUUGACAGAUUUUAAGUGUUCAUUAGGAAAGACAAGGAAUAUUACAGGCAUAGACACUACCUUUCAUUUCAGCUGUAAUGCAAGCCAAAAUACUUCUUGUAUAACAAACAAGCAUGACAACGUUUUAAUGUUGUUUUCAUUAAUUUAGUUCAAUUUAUUUGUAAAUUGGAUAAUACAAUCUGGACACUCGGGUGAGAAAAAAGCAAAUACUGUUGUUCCUCCUGUCAAUGUAAAGAAACCCUGUAUUAUACAUGUAAUUUUACACAUAAAAAAGGGACAAACACUGACAUACCAAGUAGUAUGACAGAUUUUGUUUUUAUUCCAGGCAGUUUCCAUGUUAUGUGAGGCAAGAAACACGCGUCUGCUUUAUCGUCUGAUUCCUGUCAUGUGACUCUAUAUAACUCUCUAUAGCAAGAAUUUUUUCAUAGACUUCUAAUAACAAAAUAACUGUGUAAUAAUUUCCACUUUUGAAGAUGAAAUGUUGUGUACAUUCACAUCGAGAUCUUUAGCCUUGUGUAGGUUCAUUAUUAAUAUUUGACUGUCUGUUCCUGACUGCCUUUUUGCAGAAUACAACCAAAGGAUUUUGGUACCAUGUAGUACGAGAGGUUCCCGGAGUGUGAAUUUGCAUCAGAUUGUAUAUUUCUAGAACAACGGAUGUUGAAAUGGAUUUAAGAGAAACUAUUGUAGAUAUCAUUAAUUCAGAGCAUCAAAAUUCAGUAAUUGUGUACAACUUGGUAGCAAAUGUGUUUGUAACUAUCAUGUGCCUUAACCUUUUUCCAUGUUAGAUGAAAAAGAUAAGUGUGUUUUAUAUGUUUUAUUGGUCCCUGACUGCUCUUUCUCUCUCUGUCUCUGUUACACACACACACACACACACCUCCUCCCUCUGGCUCCUCCCACUUUCACUCACUCUGUGUUCUCAAUGUAGUCUAGACUGGUGGUGGGUUUUGCCUUGUAUUACAUUGUAUUAUAAACUUUUAAAAGAUAGAGACAUAAAAAGGUUUGAUUAUAUAGUUGUUAAUGCUUUCCUAGCACUCAAGAACAAUGCCACAGUGACCGAAUGUAUUGUUAAUUUUACUAAUACCCAGAAGAGAGAAUU